UGUGUUUGUUUUGUUGAGCUGAAAAAUAAGCCACGAUCGUCUCAUCGCAUUUUGUGUUUUUUAUUGAUUUUCAAGCGCGCGACUAGUGUAAUUACCGUCGAUCUCAUUGCUCCACAUUCGACAUGACCGAGUCCAAAGAUCUUUGACCGUCGCGCUUUUUGAUCGCACUCGAAUCGACGCUGAUAAAGAGACACUCUCGGAAUGUUGAUGCUGAACACCACGAUGGAGACUGCAACUUAGGACUUCUUUUUUCGGGCUCUAACAUGCGAAUUUUGGCAGUUUUUCUGCUCGUUACCCCCCUUAGAAUUUCGGCCGCAGAUGAACCGAAUCCGAUCGAGGUUUUCACACACUCGCCGUCGAAGGGGGGAAAGUCCCUUCUGAUCAUUCCGAUCAUCCAGAAGAUUGUUGGUGACCAACUGAAUUUGAGCUGCCAUGUCAACCGAGAUGACACAAAAUAUAAUGUCUUUUGGCAUGUACCACACAUGUCACAAAAUCGGGAGCACAGGGUUAUCAGAACUCCUGGUCCAAACAGCCUUCAGCUGGUAGUGGAGAAUCUUCGAGACACCGACAACGGAGAUUAUGUAUGCGAAGCGUUGCCAAUCUUUGCUGAAAAUGAAAAAGAGAGACUCUCACUUUCAGUCAAAGUCAACAUAAAAAUCAGACCUUCAUGUGGAACUGGCAUGUACCAGUGCCCAAAUGGGCAGUGCAUCGGGCGAAGGUACCUGUGCGACGGACGGGAAGACUGUAAAUCGGGGGCAGAUGAGUCUUCCUUGAACUGCGGUGAAGCCCCGUGCAUAAACAAGCUGCACUGCAGUGAUGGGCGGUGUAUUCCGUUUUCUUGGUGUUGUGACAAGUACACCGAUGUGAAUUGCACCAUUAAAGAGAAGCUCCCCUGUUGCCACAAUAUGCCUCUUUAUCGAGAUUUUGAUGAAAGAGGCCAUCACAUGGAUCACAAACGCUAUCACGAUGAUGGGAUUCUCCAAACGACUAUCUAUGUAGCAGUAGGUAGUGCGAUGGCCCUUUUGUUCAUCGUGACUGUCCUAGUUGUAGCCAUUUGUCGCAUUCACCUGAAAAGGCAGUCGUUGCUCAACAACAGGUGUCAGACUAGCCGCAGUUCCUCGACAAGCCGUUCCCACCACCACCACCACAUCCAGCCGCUGUACGAAAUGUGCAGGGAACUGCACAACCCUGCCAAUGAUUUCCAGCCGACGCCUGGCUUCCUGGUAACGUACAAUAUCAACAACGGCGUCCAGUUUGUUGGCCGUCCUGUUAGCCCGCCACCCUACACUGAGGUGGUGAGCACCCCUCCUAGAGAAGGCCCGCCUCCGCCGUACAUAUCUCAAGAGAACCUGGUCAGGGCUGCCCAGCAGGAGCAACAGCAGACCAGCCAGAGUGAGGAGGGCGACGUCACUGACGCUUCAACUCCGUUGACCACCUCCGAGGACUGAAUUUACUCUCCCUUGAAAAUCGCCAUUACCUGAGUUUUUUGAACAAAUAAUUUAGUUUCCUAGGUGACUUUUAGAUGCAGUACAAUGAUGUAGUCUUAGAAUUUUUUUUUAUCAAAGUUUGGCAUCAUAUCUUGAUGGAAUAUAUCGAAGAACCAAGUCUUCCACCCACGUAUUUUAAAUAACCUGUUGAAAUCUCAAAUCUUGUUUUCUCGUUUUGACGGAAAGCUAUGAAAUUUAAUAUUGUGAUGUAGGUUAUAAGAUGCAUAAUGAGUCGAUCAUGAUUUUUUCUGACUUAAUUAACAACUAUGAUAGACAGUUGAAUUAAAAUUAAUGAGCAUGCUGCUUGCAUUGAUUUUAACAGAUUAUAGAUGUAAAGACUUGAUUGAAACUAUAUUAUCAUUUAAUUCAAAAUGCAGAGAUAUACUGUGUAAAGUUUUCAAAUCUAUCAGAUCAUACUUAUUUGCCACUUAACAUAAUUUAAUUAUCCUGGAAAACAUAUCCAAUGUUGGCAAUUAAUAUUAUUAUUGAAUUUAUAUAAUCCAAUUAGAUUUUUUUAAAUUUCAAUUCAAGGGAAUCUACUUGCCUUCUCUCUUUAGCUCUUUAUUAUAUUGAAAAUGUGUUUUAUUAUUUUUGUUCAGUGCCAUCUAUGUGAAGUUUUGGAUAAAGAAUAAAAUAUUUUAAACCAUCUUUAAAAAUGACCUUUAGUA